CACGGCAGACUUUAUCCUGCUCGCCGAUCCCGCUUACUCAGACCUCACAGCAAACGCCCAUCUCCCUGCCCCUUCACUCACUCAGCACACCACCUCCAGCACGCGCUUCACUCCCAUCCCACUCUGACCAUGUGGAGGAUGAACGGCAUUGCUAUCGCCCUGGUGCUCUGCACAUUACUGCUAUGCAAUGGUGUGGUGGCCCAAGAUGAUGCAGCAACAGAGGCACCAGCAAGUGAUCCGGCCGCAGACAACAGUGACGCCACUCUCGGCUUAAUGGACCUGGGUGCCCCGCCAGACAUCACCGUUGCUCCAGAUUCAGGUCUCUCUCCAGUGGCUGGAGGAGACUCUGGUGCACCUGCUGAAAAUACGCCUCCUCCAGUAAACAGUUCCCCCAUUGCUGACCACCAGGAAGGUGGUGCCUCAGGCACCACAGCUGGCCCCACUGCUCUCAGUGAUGAUAGCACAGUGGUCAUGGAGUUGUCAGAUCUUUCUAACAUCAUUACAACAAAGCCCGUGGUGGAGUGUGUUGGGAAGGAGGAGAUCGACGAGAGUAAAGCUGUCAAGGCUCUGGUCACUAAAACUGAAUGUGAGGACACGAAACACAUCCUUGAAGAGAGCAGCAUCAAGUGUUACACUGAAAACUGUCAUAUCAAAGUCUACCAAGAGGGAAAUAACAUACAGAUGGUCAGGAAUGAUGCUAAACCGAAUACUCUGGUUGAAGCCCUCAAGGGGGAAUUGAAAGACAAGCUGGGAGUGACAAAUUUAGAGGCGCCAUUGUCUUCCUCAUCAGGCCGCUCUGUAUUUGUGGGGAUCCUGAUCACCGGUCUGCUGGUUGCGGCUGCCAUUGUUGCUGGGUACUGCAAAUGCCAGCGCCGAACUGACAGCAGCAAGGGAGUCAAGCUGGCAGAAGAGGCGUAUCCAGUGGAUCAGGAGAACCAGGGGAACACCCUCGUGUCCGUGGCUCCACUUAGCCCCCCGACAGAAACCCAGGAGAAACCUAAUGUGAACGGAGAGUCUCCUGAAGCUGCCAAGACCGAGCCUCCUCCCACCAACGGCCACUCCGCCACCAAGACUGCAGACACCGAGCUGUGAACCCCUCUUACCCUCGCGCGCGCACACACACACACACACACACAUAUUUCAUGCAAUCCCGCCUCAGACUCACCUACAUAGUCAUCAGGUACAGCGACACGGCGAUGGCCGCCUAUAUUCCCUUCUUUGGCUGUGUCUCGCAACAAGCAUCAGGAAAACUAGUCUGAUAAUGAUGAAGGUGGCGACGGUGGACGUUAACGACGGCUCAGACCCUGACUUGUUGAUGGCAAUUGAGCUUGAGAUGGAGAUGAGCGCUUUUGGGUGGGAGAAAAAUGUAUUUUAGCAUGACUCACCCGGGUCCCAUGAGGGCUGCAGCAGCUUCGUACUGUCGACACCCAUCAGCCUGCAUGUCAUCAGUUUCAGUGCUCCACCCUCCACUAGAACUUAUGACACGUGCACAUGUGCCUCAUUGACGAAGCUUUGUCCCCUUGAAUUAUUGAGCAUUUAGAUGUGUGAAUGUGUGUGCAUCAUCAUCAUCAUCCCUGCAGGCUUCUUCUGCGAACUGUAUGUAAGCAUGACUUAAUGUGAUCUUUUUUUUUUCCAUUCUAACAUGAAUGUGUACAAAAGGUAUUGUACUACAAGGAAGCUGAAGUUCAACCUCAUGAUUUUCUUCACCACGACACUCACAUUGCCAUCAUGCCUUCAGAGGCAGGCUGAAAUUCUCAAGACGGACUGACUGUAUACAUCCAACUACUCAAGGCUACAAGGGUGCUCAAUUCAUCAGUGUUAUUGCCAAUUCAUUAUACUGUACUGUGUAUGCUAUUUUAUAUCAGUAUGCUAUUGAGCGAUGUGAUGCAUGUCUUUUUUUUUUUUUUAAUGCUAGAAAGUCUUAUUUUGCUUCAACGUGCCCCUGUGGCACAUUUAACAAAACGAGCAAAGUACAUGGUGGUGCAAGUGUGUGAUUUUCUUAGUUUUUAGUUGCAAGAGAUUCAUCACAGAAGGAAACUACUAUUUAAAUGCUUAACUGGAACCCAAUUUGACCUGAUUUAAUUUUGUAUUGUGUUAUUACUCACAUUCCACUGUAACUGUUUUGUUUUACAAGCAGAAUGCCAUUUUAAAUUGGAUUUAAGAUCAAAAGUAUCAAAUAAAAAAAAAAUUUAA